AUGGAUGAUACAACGCCUCUACCGCCUGUGACCUACCGCAUGGUAAAGGAAUACAUGGAGAAUUUUCACCCAAAAGACGAAUUUUCUACCUUUUUGCCACUGGUAUGCAUUCUGGAACUCGCCAGUGAGAAAAGCGUGGCAUCUACUUUGUCGUCCUCUAAGCUGUUUCAAAAUCAAGAUGUCGACGAGGUGGCCCGCCAUAUAGCGGAAAAAACACCAAGACUAUUUCUGUCUUUAAUCUUCGCCGGAUGCCUUCCUCUACUUGAAGUUCUAGUGAAGAACAACUUCACGGAUGACGACUUACCCAUCGCUUAUGAGGGAUCACAAGAUAGCGCAGGCAAUAUCCAAAGACUGUACGAAACCGACCAACUUGACAUCCAGUUCAAUUCAGCGCGCCCUUCGAAAUAUUUCGGUCAGCUCGAUGAGAAGCCUCUUGACGACUUCAUCAAAGAUCAAUGGGCAUUUCUUGCUCCUGUAUUUCCAGUCAGGGAAUUUUCAACCUACGUCUUUCACCCCAGUCGCCGAUUUCCAUACUCGCCCCCGGCCAACCAAGUUCGGCAUGCCGGUUCCUUUUUCAGUGUCGUGUGGAAUGUCACCUUACAUGAUUACGGGUCGAAUUGUCCUUCCCUUGACUCAGACGGACCUGAAGUUGCAAUAAAAUCAUUGUCUACAGAAGACGACGACUCAGGAGUCAAAGUCGACGAGUUCUACAGACGAGAGGUCAAGACCCUAAAGAAAAUGGCAGACAUGGCCGAAGCAGGUGAAAAGCAUCUGAUUCGAGCCAUCGCAGCUUACGGAUGCGGAACCAAGAGACAUUUCAUCUUUCCGUGGGCCACAGGUGGCAACCUCGACCAGUUUUGGCAGCAUUUUGACGCUAGCAAGUCAUAUGGGAGAGAAAAUCGCAUCGAAUGGUCCCUAGAGCAGAUGAUUAGGAUUGCUCGAGCUUUGACAAGACUCCAUGAGAGUGGCGUUCGCCACGGCGACAUCAAGCCCCAGAACAUUCUACACUUUACAUACGUUCGUGGUUCAGCGUCGGGAGACCUGGUGAUUUCCGACGUUGGACUUGCAAAAUAUCAUGAAGCUUACACGCUGGAUCGAACCAAGUAUACAACAACUAAGAGCGUCACGGUUGACUAUCAGCCACCUGAACCUGAGAAGUUGGUGCGUUCGCGAGUCUAUGACAACUGGUCUUUGGGCUGCGUGCUCCUUGAGUUCACUAUCUGGAUUGUCGAAGGGUAUGACGGCCUGUCUCAAUUCCGGAAGAAACUCAAGGAUAAGAACAACUUCAAGAGGUUCUGGGCUUAUGGAGCCGAGGAUGUGCCAGAGGUCCAUCAUGUUGUUCUCGAAAAAAUGGAUGAAUUGCGAAAAGAGGCGCCUUUGGCUUACUUGACCCGGCCUAUGGUUGACCUUAUCGAGACAAAGCUUCUAAUCGCCGGGAAAACUUAUAACCCGAGCGAAGAGCAUCGCAUAUUGGAAGAUCUCGCCGACAUCCAACGUUUGCACGAGAAGAUUUCGCGGGAUGGGCCUGAGCCGCCUCAAGCAACAGACCGAAAUCAACAAGAUGGAUCCUCGACUCCGAUGGACCAGGAAAGAACUGGCAUUUCAAAUAAACAUACGUCCAAGCUCAAAGACGAAUGGCAGAACACCACGGACAGAACUCUAGCAAACCGAAUAAUAGAAGAGCUUGGUUGGCCAUCUGUUAGGCCACCACCAAAGCUGUCAGUGUUGUGCGAAUUAUGCAAUAACUGGAAUCCUGAGACACACAUAUGGGAACUUGAUCGUGACAUCGACGAACUAAAACGUGGAUCCCAGGCGUGUAGCCUGUGUAGGCUUUUGCUCCAAUGUCUUUCAAGCGCUAAUUUGAAGAGCGGCGAAUUAAUAACUCUAUCCCGAGAGGAGCAAUCUCAUGGCUUUCGACUUUCGCCUCAAGGCCCUUCUUUGAUAUCAAUGUAUUCUAAUCCAGGUCCAGCCAGUGAAGAUCGAUCAUAUCCACCACCUGGCCUUCCACUGCUCCCUAGCCCAGCUAGUCCUCAGCAAUUCCAAUUGUUAAAUAGUUGGAUACACGAGUGCAAUGGGAAGCACAAGUGUAUGACUGAAACGCAAGAUGGGCGUGCUCCUUCCGGGCAGAUGCCCACAAGAAUGAUUGCUGUCGGGAAGGACAGAAACUCCACCGUUCGACUCGUGGAAUCUGCGCUGCUCCCCAAGGACAAAUAUGUUGCUUUGAGCCACCGCUGGGGAGACCUUUCACAGUAUGUCCAAUUCUGUACUCUCGACAGCAACAUCGACGAUUUCAAGGAAAGUAUUCCCUACGACUACCUCCCGAAGAGCUUCCGAGAUGCUAUACGGGUCACGCGUGCGAUCGGCGUUCCUUAUCUAUGGAUUGACUCCUUGUGUAUCAUCCAAGGGAACGCUCAAGACUGGGAGAAGGAAUCUUCUCGCAUGGAAGACGUGUUCAAUUCCGCGUACUGCGUUCUAGCGGCCACUUCUGCCGCCUCGUCGCUGGAAGGGUUUCUGGGGAGGACACAACCGCGUGAGUCCGUCACUGUACAGACUCCUAAAGGCCCCAUCUACAUGUGCAGAGCCAUCGAUGACUUCGACUCCCAUGUACAGCAAGGUCUUCUCAACUCACGCGGAUGGGUACUUCAGGAGAGAGCGCUAGCUCGCCGUACUCUCCAUUUCACCUCAACGCAGAUAUAUUGGGAAUGCGGGGAGACGAUUCAUUGCGAAACCUUGGCCCAGCUGAAAAAUCCUCAGUCGCAGUUCCUGGGGGACGCAGAUUUUCCCAACUCCGGCCUUCAGUACUACAAGGAUGAAAGAAUCCGACUUAUACAACACCUCUAUGAGCUUUACAGUGGUCUCGGACUGUCCUACCCAACAGAUCGCCCCAAAGCCAUUCUAGGGCUUGAGCGGCGAUUAGGUCGUGUCUUCAAGUCCCAGGCCCAGCAUGGCAUCUUUGGGCAAUUCUUCUUCAGAAUGCUUCUUUGGCGAGCCCAAGAACCUGGGAAGCUUACUCAGGUUUUCCGACCAGAAGAACGACGUGUUCCGUCCUGGUCUUGGAUGGCUUGUGCUGGGGCAAUCACUUACAUGGAUGUUCCCUUCAACGGGAUGAUUUGGUUAGACAACCUGAAGAACCCUUUCACCUCUAUGGAAAUUGAAUUAACCGAUGAAUGGGAUGGCCGCCUCUCCGCUAGGGCAAGUGACUUCAUCACUUGUUCCUGGAGUAAGACAGUUGAUCUUGUUCUCGACUUCGAGGUUCAGAAGGAGGGCUUCAGCAAUUGGAAGUGUGUGUUGCUCGGCAAAGAAAAAGGGGACAGUUCGUCCAGCGGACCAGCUUAUUAUGUUUUAUUAAUACGGGUUGCACCUGGCACCGUUCCACUCAUCUGGCAGAGAAUUGGUGUUGCUAAAGUCAACCACUCACUGGUCUCUCCCAACACCAUUGGUGUUAUGCUCGGUUAA